AUGAAGUCAGAAAAGUACCUCAAGCUGAUGAGACAGAGAAUGGAUCAGUUUAAGAAUUUUAAGGGCAUGCCAAAGGUUGUUCAUGAUACCCGUGCUGCCUUAAAGCAUCCUAAUGUCUUUGAAAUGAGGAAAAAUGCUAAAGAGAGGAAGGAAGUCCCUUCAUUUACUCAUUUUGAUACAAAACUUCAAUAUAUUGAAGAAUUGAGAAACAAAGGAGUUCUCAAUACUGACAUGAUCUUGGGUAGAGCUCAUACUCACUCCAAGAUUUAUCAGAAGAAGAAGCACCUUGAGUUCAAUGGUUUUGUAUACAAUACCUCAUACAAUGCUACUCCUGAAGAAAUUGAAGAACUCGGCUUGAGGUAACUGGUUAGAAAAUGUCACCAUAUCUUAUUAAUCUCCCUGCUUCAGCCUGACCAGAAAUAUAGACCUCAACCAGAUGAAUUAGGAUGGAGUACAGAAGCCUAUAGUAGCAACCAAGUCAAAAUGAUAAAACUACAAGAACUUGAGAGAAAGAUUGUCUCAAAAAGACUACUUGAGGGAAAUUUGAGUGUUGUUUAAGAGCUCUCACUUC